AUGGCGCAAGACUCCCAAAAUGUGUACGCCAACCUGGCCAUUAAACCCCCAUCUACCGACAUGGAAUACACUCGUCUGGGCGAUUCCGGUCUCAAAGUCUCCAAGAUUAUCCUGGGUGCCAUGUCAUACGGUAGCAAAGACUGGGCAAAGUGGGUUCUAGAGGAAGAGGAAGCCCUUCCAUUGCUGGAGCACGCAUACAAAGUUGGAAUCAAUACAUGGGAUACGGCAAACGUGUACUCCGAUGGCCGUUCAGAGGAAAUUAUUGCAAAAGCACUCGACAAGUACAAAAUCCCCCGCGAAAAUGUAGUCAUUUUAACAAAGUGUCGAUUCGGAACCAGUGUACCUGGUGAGCCUCCGUUGCCGCUGCUAGCGUCCUACACCAACGACGGCAGAAUGGUCAAUCGUGCCGGGUUAUCACGAAAGCACAUCUUUGAUGCGGUUCAACACAGUGUCAGGCGUCUUGGUACAUACAUUGAUGUCCUGCAGAUUCACCGCAUCGAUCCGGAUGUACCUUAUAAGGAGAUCAUGAGAGCCCUCAAUGACGUGGUGGAGAAUGGCUGGGUACGAUAUAUUGGAGCAAGCUCGAUGCCCGCUUGGGAGUUUCAGAUGCUUCAGAACAUUGCUGAGAAGCAUGGGUGGCACAAAUUCAUCAGUAUGCAAAACUACUACAACCUCCUCUACAGGGAAGAGGAGCGCGAAAUGAUCCCAUACUGCAAGAAGAUAGGAGUUGGUUUGAUUCCAUGGUCUCCAAACGCACGCGGGUUGCUGGCGCGCCCGUGGAACUCAAGCGACCAUGCUUCCAUUCGCGCCGACACGGACCUGGGCCUGUCAGUUUUGUUCCAAAAGGAAGACCCUGUAAGCGAGGCCAUUGUAUCUGUAGUGGAAGCGAUUGCCAAGGAACGAGAUCUUCCCAUGGCUACCAUCUCCACGGCUUGGUGCCUGAGCAAAGGUGUCAAUCCCAUUGUUGGGCUGAGCAGCAAGGACAGAAUCGACAAAAUCGCCAAGGCUAUCAAGGUGGUUUUGACUGACAACGAAAUUGCCAGAUUAGAGGCUGCCUAUGUUCCAAAGCCUAUCGUACGAUUUUAG